GCUCCCCUCCGCCGCCACGAAUACCAGCAGCCCUCGAUUCCCGGAGAUGGCUGAUCGUUUCGAUCCAGGAAGAGGUGGCGGUGGAAGAGGUAUUGAGAGAGGAAGUAACUGGAGACUGGUGAUGAAUUAUGGAAGGGAUGCACAAUUUGAUAGACAAGAUUAGGGCUACCAUGUCCGCCCUCGACCCCCCUUCAAAAAAUUUCAAGGUAAUCAAUUUCAGAACCACUUUGCUAGAGAGAGCUUUGGCAAUUGGAAUCGUGAGGGUGGUGGCCGUGACAUGCGUCAGUUUCAGUAUAAGUCAACAUUUCAGACCAAUUUGCCUCCUACCGCUAGCAAUUACCAGCAGAAGUCUAGCGCUGCAACAAAAAGUGGGGGAGGGGGUGACAGUGAUAUUCAGACAUCCAAAGCAAUCUAUGCAGGGGGAGUUCUGAAUGGUAAUCAAGACGCUGCGGGAGGGGGGAUGGAAAACAAACAACAGGCAACUAACAAGAUCAUCUGUCACAAAUGUGGAGAGAAGGGUCAUAAUUCCAAGGGGUGUGAAGCUAAAGUCAAAUGUUCCAUCACACACAUAGCUGAAUUAUGUGCAUGGCUGCAUCAGAAAAAACCAGUGGCAUCUUUGGUGGGGUUUGGAGGAGAAGGACUAGGCAUUUUUGUGGCAGAUCAUGCAAAAGAGUUACCUGGGAAUAAUAAUAAUGAUGCAGUAGCUUUGGUCAGGCUCAGAGAUGACUGUGAUUUGGAAAUUGAUUCAGAGGAUCUUAUCAAUAGCUUGGCAAAAACUUACCCCUGGAGGUGGGAUUGGAAAGCAAAGAAAGUGUCUGAUGGAGUUUUCCUGCUAAAUUUUCCAUCUGUUGCAAGGAUCAAUGAGGCUGCCAUUUAUGACUGGGUCCCUCUGAAAGGUGGAAACAUAAUGAUCAAAGUGAAAGUCUGGAAUGAUGAUGCUAUGGCUAUUGGUAAACUAGCAUUGAUAUGGGUCAGCGCUAAGGGGGUACCAAAAACAAUGAAAAACUAUCAGGGGCUUUGUGAGAUUGGAUCAAUGAUUGGAUAUGUGCAAAUUGUUGACGUGGAUUUGGUAAACAUAAGUGGUUUGGUCAAGCUGAAGAUUGCUGUGGUGGAUCACACCAAAAUCCCCAGAUGGACUAAGCUGACAACUCCAAAUCUCAUGGUUUACAGAAUUUUCUUUGAGGUGGAAGAGGUUUUAGAUGAAGGAUGGACCAAACUAGAAGAUGAACUAUCACAAGGAUAUGAGCAGUGGAUGGAUUUCCAACAUGAGGAGGAUGAAAACAGAGAGGCAAAGAAAGCAAAAACAGAUGCAAAUGUUGCAAUCUGUGCAAGUACUAGAACCAGGAUGGCACUAGCUAGAAGACAAAGAGGCUGCUAUUAAAGAGCAAGAGGCUGCUGAUAAGCUAUUGUACAAUAGGAAUCUGGAUAUUCAGAAACUUAAUAAAACUAAUGAGGAGAUAGGCUCUACAUCAGUCAAUGGAGAGGGAGAGAAAAGGGAGGAUGAUGAGAUGCAAAAGGAUGAUUCAUAGGAGAAAGCUAAUGAGGAAGAACCUUCUCAGUUUGUGAGUCUUGGCACAAAACUUGGGAUUGAUGUUGUUGAAGGGGCAGAAAUGGAAAACAUCAAAGGAGGUGAAACCCAAGAGCUUCCAAGAUACAGUGGGAGGAUUGCCUUGAAGGACAGAGAUGACAUUCCUAUACUGGAUAGAGCUAUGACUUUGGCCAGAGCCAAAAAUCUAGCUCUAUCUGAAGGGGAGGGAGGACGCAAAACUGGAGCUGCAACAGGGCGCAAAGCUGCUGGAGCGAGUCGCGAGUGACAUCUUCCAGGCGCGAAGGAGCUGGGCAUCUUGGGUUCCAAGGAUCGAAGAUUGAUUCAAAAUUAGUGGACUAUAGAGAGUUUUGCUUGCUUAGAUGUUUUGUUCAGGCUGUGUCUGGUCUAGCUGAGUUCCUUGUGGGUGAUGCUCACAUAGGAACCUUUUCUCCUUAAAGCCUUGCCAUCCUUGUAUACAAGAGAGGGCAUGGGCGAAGUUUUGGAAACACAAAAACAUGUUGGUCUGCAUUUCUGGUUGGAAUUGACAGAUAUUUGGUUUCGUUAAUGAA